UCCGCCCGCCGCCUUUCCCCUCUAUGGUCGCGGCGCCCGUCUUCCUAGAGCGGACUCGGAUCUCUCCCCCCAUCCUACUCAGGGGCGGGACUUCCUGCUUCCCCGGAAGUGACCCAAGACUUUGGCUGCCAAGGUCCCACGCUUCACCUAGGGUCGCGAGUCUUCGGCCGGAAGCGACCCAGAGGCUGUCGGGUACGGAUGAGGAAGCUCGGGCCCGCCGCGGCCCAGUGACUUGUCCGAGAAGGCGCAGCAUCGGAGCCCGGGUCAUCGGUCUGCAGACGCGGCCCCUGGGGCCCGGACAGCCGCCGAGGGUCGGAGCGGCCCAGGACCAAAGAAGCUGGGAACCACGGUGGCGUGAGAGACUGUGAUGGAUCCAGUUAGAGCCCAGCAGCUGGCAGCUGAGCUGGAGGUGGAGAUGAUGGCCGACAUGUACAACAGGAUGACCAGUGCCUGCCACCGCAAGUGUGUCCCUCCCCAUUAUAAGGAAGCAGAACUUUCCAAGGGUGAAUCUGUGUGUCUGGAUCGAUGUGUCUCCAAAUACUUGGACAUCCAUGAGCGAAUGGGCAAAAAACUGACAGAACUGUCCAUGCAAGAUGAAGAGCUGAUGAAGAGGAUGCAGCAAGGCUCGGGGCCAGUGUGAAGGCCCCCAGAGACAGCACCCACCCAGCCCUGGACUGCAGCCGGAACCUUUUUGCACUUAUCAAUAAAAAUAUUGGUGAUUGUAUGAA